CUCCAAUCUAACCUAACCUUUCAAAUUUGCUAGAAUAAAUUUUUAACAUUAAAUUUGUUUUCAAAUAAAAAAUUAUGGAGAAAAAAGGCGAAUCAUUGCAAGCACCAUUAUCAAAAGAAAUGGAAGCAUUUAAAGAAUUAAUAACUGAAAUUAUUGCACCCGAGCAUAGAUCAGAAAUUAAAAUUAAUCCAGAUCAUACAACAAUUUUUACACAUAUAAAACAAAAGAAACGAACUAAAAAACCAAAAAAGAAAUUAACAACUUUAACAAGAAAAGAAUAUUCUAAACUUGGUCUUUACAAUAUACCUAAAAACAGUAUGAAAUAUGAUGAAGCUAUACCAUUACAUGAAUUAUGGAAAGGUUAUAUGAUACAACAUUUAUCAUUAAAUUGUGAAGAUACAAAGAUACCUGAGGUAUAUGAACCAGCAUAUGAUAAUUUUACAAAAUUACUAAUGAAAUCGGAUUUACAUGGUGCUCUCAUAAAAGUUGUAAAAUCAAAAUGUCCAAAUUUUGUUGGUCAUACCGGUAUUAUUAUAUUAGAAACAAAAAAUGUUUUAAAAAUUAUUAGUAAAGAUAAUAAGAUUAGGACAUUACCGAAAGCUGAAUCAAUUUUUAAAAUUAUGUUAGGUAAUGUAGAAUUAACAAUUUUUGGUAAAUAUUUAACAACAAGACCAGCUGAAAAAUCUGUUAAGAAAAUUAAGAAUAAUAUUAAUCUUGAUUUAUAAAUAUAUGUAUUUUGUAAUACUAGAAGUUAAAUGGAUAUCUAAAACCUUUUUUUUUUUUAAAUAAACUUAGAAGACAUUUGUAAAAGAAUUGUAACUUAUUCGUGCUAGGAAUAUGGAAAGAUAGAUUGGUUCCAAAAUCAACACUCUCAUCACAAGUGAAUUUAUUGUUUUCGCAUUAUAAUAAGAAUCGUAUACCAUUGCGUACAAUUAAAGAAGGUUCUUCAUUCUUUUCCUUGUUUCUUGGUUUUCCUUAC